GGGUGGGAAGGGGUGCUUGGGUGGGAUUGUGACAUAAGAUUGCCCUGGUAGCAUGGAGCAGAUCUGGACCUCAGCCUAAUAAAGGUGACAUAACUAAAGGUGUCAUAAAGACAGGGCGGGGCGCACGCUCAUAAAGGGCAUGAGCAUCUCCGGGCUGCCAGAAUGGCUCCCAUCGAGUGCGCAGCACCAGCCUGUGUCAUGUCUUGGCUGUGUUUCUGGGGCCCAUGGCCCCUCGUUACGUGGCAACUAUUGGGUCUGCUAGUCAAGGAUGCUCAGCCUCUGGUGUGGGUCAAGGACCCUCUCCAGCUGACCUCUAACCCCAUGGGGCCACCUGAGCCCUGGUCUUCCCGCUCCUCCCAUCUCCCGUGGGAAUCUCCCCAUGCACUUGCUCCCCCAGCAGCCCCGGGGGACUUUGAUUACCUGGGGCCCUCUGCUUCUUCGCAGAUGUCAGCCCUGCCCCAGGAAUCGACUGAACAUUUGCCUCCAUUCCUGGACACGGAUUCAGCUGGAGAGCUGCCUCUGGGGCCCGAGCAGUUCUUGGCUGCACAGCAGGAUUUAAAUGACAAGCUGACUCCGCAAGAAAGGCUCCCAGAGGUGCUUCCACUGCUGGAUGGGGAUCAGAACCAGGCCACAGUUCAGCUUCCUCGCCUCAAAAAUAAGGUUCAAACUGCAGAUCUAGAUCGGGCUGCAGGUCAUCAGGCAGAUGAUAUACUUGUUCCACUACACAGUAAGGUUUCAAAACCAACCAAAUUUGUUGUUUCGCCCAAGAACCUGAAGAAAAAUCUAGCUGAGCAUUGGAGCCUUGCUGAGAUUAUUGGGAUUCCACACCAAUUAUCCAAACCUCAGCGUCAGAAACAGACUUUGCAGGAUGAAUAUUUGAGUAUGGACACACUGUAUCCCAGCAGCCUGCCUCCAGAACUCCGGGUGAACGCAGAUGAGCCUCCAGGGCCACCUGAGCAAGUUGGACUUUCUCAAUUCCAUCUAGAGCCCAAAACUCAAAAUGCAGAGACCCUGGAAGACAUUCAGUCCUCUUCACUCCAGGAAGAAGCCUCAGCACAGCUUCCACAGCUCCCUCAGGAGGUAGAACCUUCAACCCAGCAGGAGUCCCCAGCUCUGCCUCCAGAGUCCUCUAUAGAGAGUCUAGCUCAAACUCCACUGAAUCAUGAAGUGACAGUUCAACCUCCAGGUGAGGAUCAAGCUCAUUACAACUUGCCCAACAUUACCAUUAAACCUACCAUGACUUCAGAGCCCCAAAAUGAGGCAGAAUCUGCCCAAGCCCAGAAGGAGGCCAAAAUUCAGGCUCCAGAGGAGGUGGAACCUUCUGCAACCCAACAGGAGGCCCCAACUGAGCCACCAGGUCCUCCCAUGGAGGCUGAACUUUCCCCCAGUGAGCAGGAGCAGCCAGCUCAGCCUUCUGAGUCUUCUGGGGAGGUUGAAUCUUCUCCAGCCCAGCGGGAGGCCCCAGCUCAGCCCUUAAUGUCCCCUGAGCAGUUUCAACGUUUGAAAGACCAGCAAGACAUAAUUCAGCAGCUAAGUAGACCUGAAAAUUAUGAACUUCCUCCAGUCCGUAAAGAGACCACAACUCAGCCUCCAUCUCAGCUCUCCCCAGACUUUGGAAGUUCACUGAAUGAUGAAGCAAUAGGUUCACCUCUAGAUGUGUCAUAUCUAGAUCUAGAUAGGGAGCUUACCAAACCUACAGCAGUCACUAUGGGGGUAGAACCUUCUCCAGCCCAGCAGGACAACCCUCCUAUUCUCGUUGAACAGGCUGACUUUUCUCUAGCCCAGCCUGAUCUCCCUUCCCUGCCUCUGCAUUCUCCUGAAAAGAUUGAAUCUCCAGUCCACCAAGAGGCCACAGCUCAGACUCUAGAUCCCCCUAAGGAGGCAGAACCUUCUCCAGUCCAGCAAGGGCUCCCAGCUGAGCCACCAGAGCCCCAUAAGGAGGUUGAACCAUCUGCAACCCAGCAGGAAGCCUCGGGUCAUCCUCGCAAGUCCACUGUAGAGGUCAGUCCACCACAGUGGGAGAUAGCAGCUCAGCCAUCAGAGCCACCUGAGAAGGUCAAACCAUCUCCAGUCCUACAGCAGGCCCCAACUCGGCUUUUAAAGCCACCUAAAGAGGUAGAAUCCUCUCCAGUCCAGCAGGCAGUCCCUGCUCAGUCUUCAGACCCUGCUAUGGUGACAGAACCCUCUCUGACCCAGCAGAUGGCCCCAUCUUUGCCUCCAGAGUUCCCUCAGGAGGUAGAACCAUCUGUAACUCAGCAGGAGGUUCCAGCUCAGAUUCCAGAGCCCCCUAUGGAGGCAGAACCUUCUCUGACCAAGCAGGAGGCCACAGUUCAGGCUCCAGAGUCCCCUAAGGAGGUAGAACCUUCAAGGCAGCAAAUGGUCCCAGUUCAGCUUCCAGAGCCACCUAAGGAAGUUGCUGCUCAACCUCCAGCUCAUUAUGAGGUGACAGUCCCAACACCAGGCCAGGAUCCAGCUCAGCACUCAACAUUGCCCAGUGUCACUGUUCAACCUUUGGGCCUGGGACUUUUCAUCAUUCCAGAAUCCAUGAUAGAGGUUGAACUUUCUCCAACCAUGCAGGAGACCCCAACUCAGCCUUCUAAGAAAGUUCUACCCCAACUUGAGGUUAAACCAUCUCCAACCACGGAGGAAACCUCAGCUCAGCCUCCAGACCCGGGGCUUGCCAUAACUCCAGAACCCACUCCAGAGAUUGGACAUUCCACAGUCCUGGAGAAGACUACAGCUCCUCGUCCAGACCAGGUUCAGACUCUGCAUCGAAGCCUGACGGAGGUCACAGGUCCACCUACAAAGUUAGAAUCUUCGCAGGAUUCAUUGGUGCAGUCUGAAACUGCACUAGAGGAACAGAAGGCCUCCACAAGCACCAACAUGUGUGAGCUCUGUACCUGCGGAGAUGAGACUCUGUCAUGUGUUGAUCUCAGCCCAAAGCAGAGGCUCUACCAAGUGCCUGUGCCAGAGCCCAACACCUACAAUGGCAUCUUGACCACCUUAAAUUUCCAAGGAAACUAUAUUUCAUACAUUGAUGGAAAUGUAUGGAAAGCAUACAGUUGGACCAAGAAACUAAUUCUCAGUGAAAAUUAUUUGACUGAAUUACAUAACGAUUCAUUUGAAGGCCUGCUAUACCUCCAGUAUUUAGAUUUAUCCUGCAAUACAAUACAACAUAUUGAAAGACGUACAUUUGAAUCACUACCAUUUUUGCAGUAUAUAGAUCUGGGCUGCAAUUUAAUUACGGAACUGAGGCAUGGAGCAUUUCAGGCCUGGCACGGAAUGCAGUUUUUACACAACUUAAUUCUCAAUCGCAAUCCUCUGACUGCUGUCGAAGAUCCAUAUCUCUUUGAACUGCCGGCAUUAAAAUAUCUAGACAUGGGAACAACGCACAUCACACUUACAACACUCAAGAACAUUCUCACGAUGACUGUUGAACUGGAAAAACUGAUCUUACCUAGCCAUAUGGCCUGCUGCCUCUGCCAAUUUAAAAAUAGCAUUGAGGCUGUCUGCAAGACAGUCAAGCUGCAUUGCAACACUGCAUGUCUGACUAACACUGUACAUUGUCGUGAGUCCAAAUUGCCUGCUGAAGAAGCAUCUGUAGGGAAUCCAGAAGGAGCGUUCAUGAAGGUGUUACAAGCCCGGAAGCAGCACACAAGCACUGAGCUGACUAUUGAGUCGGAGGCGCCCUCAGACAGCAGCGGCAUCAAGUUGUCAGGCUUUGGGAGUGAGCAGCAAGACAUCAAUGACGAGAGAGACCUGAGUCCUCAAGAAAACCCUCUUCUGGAAGUAUUUGCUCCUUCAGAACGUUUUAGAGAAAACACUCAUGUAGAAGACACAGCUGCAAGAGAUGCCUCUGAAGAAAACGUUUUUAUGGAAAACACUGUUAUGCCAGAAGGUAGCAUCUCUGAAAACACAAACUACAAUCAUCCUGAGGCAGCUUCCCCUGGGACUGCAUUCAACUUAGAGCCAACUGUUACACACACUGAGACAAAAUGGGAACACAACAACGUGGGCACUGACCUGUCCCCCGAGCCCGAAAGCUUCAAUGACCCAUUGCUCUCCUCCCCAGGUGAUCAGUUUGAAAUUCAGCUAACCCAGCAGCUACGGUCCCUCAUCCCCAACGAGGAUGUCAGAAGGUUCAUGUCUCAUGUUAUCCGGAUCCUGAAAAUGGAAUGUUCAGAAACGUAUGUGCAAAUGUCCUGUGCCAAGCUCGUGUCGCGAACAGGCCUCCUGAUGAAGCUUCUCAGCAAGCAGCAGGAAGCAAAGGCAUCCAAGGCAGAAUGGGAUAUGGACCAAUGGAAAACUGAUAACCAUAUUAAUGAGAGUGAACAGAAAGAGCAGAAGUCGAGUGAGCUCAUGAAAGAAGUUCCACGAUACGGCCAUAACAACAACGUCAUCUUGACAAUAUUUGUGACUGUAACACUAACACUUUGGAUUAUAAUGAUUUGUCUGAUUGAGAUUCUUGCCCACAAAAGGGCAUCAAAGGAACAUGAAGAAGACUCAUCAAUGUGAGACCCCUGAGCCCAAGUUAAGGCAUCUGGAUGGCCUGGAGCCACGUUUUUAAAAUUUUAUUAUUAAGUAUUUUUUUUUUACUGAAAUCAAUGAUUACUUUGUGGUUGUGUUCCUCAAAACGAGGAUUUUUAACAAUAAAAAUAGCUUGUCAAAUCA